AUUCGUAUGACGUCAUCCAUCAAUGAUAUUGAUCAUGUCGUCACGUCAGCCAACAAUUAUUUUGGCUGUAUUUUAAUUGUAUUCAAGGAAAAAUAUGUAGUAAAGUUAUAAAUUUAUGCCCAAAAGUAUUAAACAUUCCUUUUUACAUUAUUGUUGGACUUAGGUUUAAGAUUCAAAGAUGAUGCAGUUUAUGUUGUUAUUCAGCCGGCAAGGCAAGCUAAGACUGCAGAAAUGGUACGUGGCGCACCCUGAUAAACUGAAGAAGAAGAUCACACGUGAACUUAUAACUACUGUGCUGGCCAGGAAACCUAAGAUGUGUUCAUUUUUGGAGUGGAAAGAUGUCAAAAUAGUUUACAAACGAUAUGCAUCUCUGUACUUUUGUUGUGCAAUGGAGCAGGAAGACAAUGAAUUGUUGACCCUUGAGCUGAUACAUCGCUAUGUGGAACUGCUUGACAAGUACUUUGGCAGUGUAUGUGAGCUUGAUAUAAUCUUCAACUUUGAGAAGGCAUACUUCAUUCUGGAUGAGCUGGUGCUUGGUGGUGAGCUGCAGGAGACAAGCAAGAAGAAUGUCCUGAAAGCCAUUGCUGCACAGGAUCUACUCCAAGAGGACGAGACAGUGGACGCGGCGCUACGGGAGGUGGGGCUCCUCUAGACACGGCGAGCCGGCGACGACGCGCACCCACCCUCUACUUGCAAAACCGACGUUCUAAGACGACGCCCUACCAUCUGUCGCCUCGCCUUUACUUAACUAUAAAACUCCAAAACACCAUUUGCCAUAAUCAUAUUUUUAAUAUCAUUAUUAAAUGUGUACAACAUAUUAGAAUUUUUAUAGACUGUCAUUAUCAGUCGUACAUUUUUAGAUAGAAAUAAUGAUCUUGUAGAUUUUCUACUGUAGUUAUUUGGCGACUGAUACUUAAGAUUGGUUUAAAAUUAUCAUUACAUUAACCAUUUAAAUAUAUAGGUAAGUAUUUUAUAUAAACGUAUUGACGGAAUUGUUUCUGCAGGCCAAAGUGGACCAAGACGAAAUAUUAUUUUUUAAAUUAUUAAUCGAAUGUAUUUAAUAGAAGUAAGUUUACUAUUUCCGAGUUUCCCUUAAACUAGAUGUAAAAUUUAAAUUCAAAUGUUCAUUAGACUUAAUUUUUGUGUUCGUUGUCUUUAUUUUAUUGUUUGUUCAUAUUAUUUACGUGGUCUGUUGAACUAUUAUAAUUUUAUUGAUUGUUGAAAAACGAAUUAUUAUUUAAAUAAGUUUAAAUUUUAUUCUUUGCUUAGGUUAUUUUGCAGAGUUUAUUUACUUUUGUUUAUUGACAUGACCUAUCGAAUUUCAUUGUUUAUUAUUAUAAGACGAAACACUAUAAAUGUGUUUAUUAGUUUAAUAAGUUUUUCUAGUAAGUAGGUACCUAUUAAUCAAGUUGAGAUUUAAAGUUACUUGAUGAAAUUGGUG